UCAAGUUUCUAACUACAUGCUUUUCUCUCUCUUUUGCAUUGGACUAUGUUUUUCCUUAUAUUCUGUUCCUAAAGCUACAGUAAUGGAGUCUUCCCAAGCUCAUGCAGCUGCAGAAGAACAUAGUGGCAGUGAGUCUGGGUGGACAAAGUAUAUCAACUCCCCUAUACAAAGUGAAAAUGACAACUACAAAGAUAUUCAUGUUGAUGAUGAUGGUGAUGGUGACGAUGAUGAUGAUGAGAGUGAUAACUCUAUGGCUUCUGACGCCUCUUCUGGUCCAAGUCACCAUGAACUUCCAUGUGGAAAAGGUGAGGGAAGUGGCAGCAUUGCUCAGAACAAGCAUGCAAAAAAUGAAGCAAAUAUUAAGUAUUCCUCCUCAGGAAAGAAACCGUGCAAAAAGGGGAAGAAAAAAGAAGAAAGUAGAAGCAAAGAAGAAAAAGAAGAGUCUAUGCAGUGGGCACUGAGCGCUGCAAGUCAAGUUUCAAAUGGAGUCAAGGUAAGAAAAGAGAUUUUCAAAGAAGAAUAGAAUGUUUAUUUUUUUCUGCAGAUCUACCCCUAGAACGAUUGCAUUAUCUUGAUCUGAAUCCAAUAAGUUUAGGGUAACUAAAGGCAGAGAGCCAUCCAUUACUGUUUUAUGGUUCUAGCUUUCCAGAAUUAAUGGUGAAUCAAGUUAAGUAACUAGUACAUGCAUAUAUAAAUCAUUGAUGCAGAUGUAUUUUUUGUUAAAUGUGACAUCUAUGCAAGA